ACCAUAAAUCACCAUCCAAUAAAGGGACGAAAAGCCCAUAAACCCGUCUCUAACCAAACUUUUCCCACACAUUCCCCAACCGUACCUCACUCUUUUUCAUCUCUUUGAAGAGAAGCAAGGAGCUCUCCUGAACUGGCUGUGAAGUUCUCCAGGUCCCAUUCUAUUUCUUCCAUUUCCUUUUGUUUGGUUGCUUAGAAAGUGGGGAAUAUUAGCCACGAAAAUUCACACACAAAAUUAUUCUUCUAAUCAAUGAAUGAAACAUAGAAACUCUAAUUUCAAUUCUAAAAGCCCAGUGAAAGGCCCUGCUUGGUUUAAAGUUUAAAUCUCUCUCUCUCUCCUUUCCUCGUAUAUGUCUGAAGUAUAGAAACCUUUUAGUUUCAUGUUUCUGUUAAGUUUAGACAUUCUUGCUUUAGUCUCUGUCUUUUGCUUUUCAUUAUUGUUAGAAGCCAAGUUAUUGGUACACUCAGAACUAGGAGAGCGGUAGAAAAUUCAAUAGAGAAAUUUCAAUGCUGGUGAUGAAAUUUAAAGUCUAGGCCUUUAAUUCUUGCUUUGGUCAUACUGUUUAUAGGAGCAUUUUUAAUGGGUUUAUGGUGGAAAUACUGGUGAUGAAAUUUAAAGUCUAGGCCUUUAAUUCUUGCUUUGGUCAUUUUUUUUUUAUAAGUAAUUCUUGCUUUGGUCAUAGUGUUUAUAGGAGCAUUUUUAAUGGGUUUAUGGUGGAAUUAGAAUUUGGUUUUGUUAUAAGGUGGGUGGUAAAAUUUUUUGGCAAGAUAAUGUUGUUAUAGAAGUUUGUAGCUUUAUUUUUUGGGGGUUAUUUAAUUUUGUUCCAGGUUUAAGCAUGAUAUUGUAGCAUAGAGAAACCUACAUUUAUUUGACAUUGACAUUGCCAAAAAAUGAAGCUAAGCUUCAUACGUGGAUGUUUUCCUUCUAAUUUAUCAGUCUUUAUUAAACCCUCUAUAAGUACCAAUCUUCUUCGACCUGUUUGCUUUUCUUCAAUGUCAUCCCCACCCACUUCUUUGAAGCCUCAAAUUCCCCUCUUUCUAAGACCACCACUGCACUCAGCUUCUGUUUCUGACCUCCGAAAAUGGCAUGAUUGGGCCAAAAAUCUUGCUUCUUCAGUUGGGACAACCUUUCUAGACUCCGACAAUGGUCCAGACUUGGACCUAUUUUGCAGGGAGCUUAAGUGGCUCAUGGAAGAUGCAAUUGAGGAUCACACAGUGUUUUCCCAAAUGGGUAUUGAAAACAAUCAAACAAAUGUAAGAUUAAGGACAGGCAUAGAAGAGCUUUACAAUCUGUGGAAGCAGAGGAUUGAAGAGAGAAGGCCUUUUCAGUAUCUAGUUGGGUGUGAGCACUGGAGGGACUUGGUGUUGAGUGUCCAAGAUGGGGUUUUGAUUCCGAGACCUGAGACCGAACUCAUUGUUGACUUGGUGGCUGAUGUCGUUUCAAAUAAUGCAGGAUUAAGAGAGGGAUUGUGGGCAGAUUUAGGAACUGGAAGUGGUGCACUUGCUAUUGGAAUUGGGAGGAUUUUGGGGAGUUGUGGAAGGGUCAUUGCAACAGAUUUAAGCCCUGUCGCACUGUCCGUGGCAGCUUUUAAUGUGCAGAAGUAUGGUCUUCAGGAUGUAAUUGAAUUAAGGCAAGGAUCAUGGUUCAAACCAUUGAAGGAUGUGGAAGGAAAACUUGCAGGUAUUGUCAGUAAUCCACCGUACAUACCGAGUGACAAUAUCCCUGGGCUACAAGCUGAGGUUGGUAGACAUGAACCGAGACUUGCAUUAGAUGGUGGUCUAAAUGGCAUGGAUGAUCUUCUCCAUCUUUGCAAUGGGGCUGCUUUGAUGUUAAGACCUGGUGGAUUUUUCAUUUUUGAGACAAAUGGUGAGAAGCAGUGCAAGUGUCUUGCAAAGUACAUUGAAAAUGACAUUAGAGGGAGCUUCCACAGUUUGGACAUAGUAUCUGAUUUUGCUGGCAUUCAAAGAUUUCUAACUGGAUUCCAUCAAUGACCAAUUUGAUUUGUGCAUGAUCUUGUAUAUCAGCCAUCAACUAGGAAACAAGGAGAGGAGGAAAGAAAUCCUGGAAGCUCUACCAUUGAUUUUCGGCUACUGUGUUUGAGGCUUUAUUUUUUGGGGAGGCGGUGGGGGGGUGGAAUUAUUUGUUGAAACUCUAUCAAGUGACCAAAAAAGGGAAAACAUAAAUGUUGUAACCUUGGGCGUUGACUCGGGUGGUAUAGAGGUAGAUAAAUAUGCUUUGUUUAUUAGCAAUGUGAUAUCAAUACAAUAAUUGGAAGCUUAUCCUAUUGACUUAUACAUUUCCUGUC